UUUUCCCUUCAAAUGCAGCCAACAUCUAAGCCGCUGCAUGAAUCACUCCUACUAUACAUUGUCCUGGUUAUCAUCCAUCAUCGUCAUUCAAGAAAAGAAAAAUGACAUGACACACUGCGUCAAUCUUUAUCUUAGGUGGAAUUGGAAAAUGACAGAUAAAUUAAAACACACAAUGUAAGCUGUUUCCAGUAAGGAAAUUUGUGCCCAAAUCCCACACUGUCUGUGGGUGGGGUGUGGGUCACAGGGAUUUACCAUCACCACAGUACCACUUCCACUGAAUCACAGUUCACUGUAAGUAGAAAAUUCUAACGUGUCAUACAUACCAUUUACCACAAAAUAAAUGAAGGGCGUGCAGUAUGGCUUGUAUGACAGUAUAAUGAAACAUUUGUAAAAAGGUUGCUGAAGAGGAAAAAGUCUUACCAACCCAAGGCCCCGCCUCCUAAUUUAAAUCCACACUUUCCAGCUGCCUGUCUUUCAUUCUGCCCACGCUACACACUGGAUAGCAUCACAUCCACGACAAAAACAGCACAGCCUCCUGACAUCCAGCCGCUUGAGCCUCACUUGACCCCCGCCACUCGGCGCAGCUGCAGAGGAAGAAAACAAGGGACCGCUAACAGGAACAAGAGAAGAAGUCCAGUGCUGGCUAGUCAGAAUGAUUCUGUGGAUUGUCCUGCUGAUGUCCCACUGCUGCUUCAGUCUGAAUAGAGCUGCAGCAGAAAGCACAACACUGGAGAGGAUAAAGAAAUGUGCAACCAGAUGUUCUCAGGGCCUUCAGUGCAAGCCCAAGGCCAAUGGUUUGUUCCCUCGUCCGUGCCAAAAGCCUGCCGAAGUUCUCAACGCCUCAUCAGUGUUCCACAACAUCAGCUUUUCCACGGUGAUGAGCUGCCAAGGGAGGCAGAAGUGCUCCCUGCACCUCAGGAUCAAAACCCUUCUGCAACUUUCUGAGUCCAUCCAUGGUGUGUCAAUUUGCACAGCCACCAUAGGGAUGAUGAAUAGCUGCCGAACCUUUGUCUUCGCAAAAGCCUCGAGACAAAAGAUGGCUGGACUGCAGGUGGAAGUUGAAAAUGAUUGCACUGACAUUUCUCCAAACCAACAAGUGCAAGUUACGGUGAAAACCGUGCCAAACUACUGUGACGUAACUUGGACCGGUACCUAUGAUGCUCCAGGAUGCUUCAGUGGAGAUUUGCGAAGACACGUCCCAGAAUGCAUUACUGGACGACUUUCGUAUGACGCAGACACAGAGAGGAGGGAGAUGAUUGUCAAUGUGUCAGACAUGCUGGAGGACAGCAACUACUAUGUCCGUUUGUGCCGCAAAGAUUUUAUCUGCAUUGGAACCGAGGCCAUUAAACUGAUAAACAAAGAGGAACCUGUAAAGAGUGCCGUCCUCCCUUACAGCAGACCUUUACCCUGCCUCUGCAUCGAGGGAUGGUCAGCUGUGGCAGAUGCCCCUAGGGUCCAGGUCUGCCCAUUUAAAGAUCGUCUUGAGGAACUGUGGUCUGGAGUCACAUUUGACCCACUGGAGCAGACGCUAUCGUGGGAACCGGCCUGUCCCGUUACCGCCGUGGUCACAUUGUGCCAUAAAGGAGAAGACGGCGUCUGUGUGGCUCUGCCUCACGCCUCCCGGAAUGUCAGCAGAGACAAGAUGACGUUUGCUAAAGUGGACCCGCAUCCUCAACUCUGCAUAAAGUUCACUGUAGGGUCUCAGUCCUGGACCAGUUGCCCCUUUGCACAAUUGAGCUUCAAAGCAUGGGAGUUGGUUGUGAGUGGAAAGCAGGGUCAUGAAGCAGUGAAGAUGUUGGCACACACCGACGCAACUUUCUCGGUGGGGCAGUGUGUGAACUCUGCAGAGUCUGGUUCGUGCCACAUCGCUGAAACACACAGCCUACAUGUGGAAAGGAAUAAAGCUGUCGCCUUAAACCUGACACUGUGCAAAGCUUGUCUCCAGGUCAAGAGGGUCGAUGUGAACUAUGCUGUUCCAGUCACUCACUGUUUUGAUCAAUGCAAUCAGUCUGUUCCAAAUGAAAAACUUUCCACGAUCCCCCACCUCUUUGAUUUGACUUGGCUCAUUGUUGCAGCUGCUGCUUGCAUCUCUGGUGUAAUUAUUGUCACUCUGGUGCUCCACAUAGUGUUAACUGUGCAUCAGAGGCGGAGACAAAAAAGGCGUGGAAAUAAAAAAGGUCCUACUGCUAAUACUGUGGCCUCUGCAUUACAAACACAAACUCACCUCCAUGAAGGAAUCCUCAUACCGGAUUCACCACAGUGUGGCAAUGCGGAGAAGGCCGUCCUGAUCUCCAAGUGACAAAUCCGGUCAAAAAACUGUUCUGGCAGUAUGUACAGUAUAAGGCUUGUGUAAGUACUGUACAGUAUAUUGCACAACCCAGAUAAGUUCUCUGUUGAAUGCAGUGCACACCUUUGUUACAAAUAUUUCAAUGGAUGUUUGUGCAUUUGUGCUGGUUAGUAUACUUGUUACAGUUGUUAUAUAUUGUGCGUGGUGUUGUCUGGUCAGGUCAAAGUAAAGUCAGCUUGCAGCUAAACAGUAACAGUUUUAAGUUAACUGUCUAUUAUUAAUAUGUAAUAUAUAUAUAUAUAUAUAUAUAUAUAUAUAUAUAUAUAUAUAUAUAUAUAUAUA